AUGGCUCCGUGUCGCGGUCUGCUCUGCAUGCUGAGCCUCGUGGCGCGCUACGUCGAGCCUUGCUACCACGGCUACGGCGGCACGGUUGAAGCCAGUGCGCACUUCGCGUCCGCCGCCCACAAAGAGAUGAUGGCGACGCAUGAUGAGCCGGCCUUGGAUAACAUCCACUGCAACCUCAUCCUCAGUCUGUACGAAGUCGGUCACGGGAACGAGCAACGCGCGUGGUUUCAACUAGGGACAGCAGACCGCCUGUGUCAGGCUCUUAGACUCUUGUACGAGACUGCCGACCGCGAAGGGAACGACGUCGUUAUCGAGACGUAG